AUGAGGAUGAUUUGCGAGAAGAGGAGCCUGAGCUCGAUCGAGCUGAGUCGAGCUGAGGAUCGAGCUGAGAUCGAGCUGAAGAUCAGGCCAGGAAGUGCGGAUUUGGGUGAGCCUGAGUGCUAUUACUUUGAGGAGUAUGAGGCUCCAAGGAUGAACCCCUCUGUUGUGGCUGCCACAAGAGGAUUGGACUUCUCCAAAACAAGAAGAAGAAGUCCAAGGCCCCCACAUUCCCUAGGAGUAGAUCUCUUCUCACCACUCCAAGGAGGCUCCCUGCCCAAGAGCCUCACAGAGCCUCUUCUUUCGAGCCAAGGGAAGGAGAAGACAACACGCAGAGAAGGAGGAAGACUUCCAAGGCCAGACGCUCCAGCUCGACCACCGGACUCGAUCGAGUCCAAACAGAGGAAACUCAACUCGAUCGAGCUGAGGUCGAGUGACCUGGAGGAGCCCCUGUUUGAGAUCCGGAUUCGAGUACGAUCCAACGCAGUACCAGGACUUCUCCAGACCAUGGACCCCUACAACAGCUUCGAGCAGCCAGCUCCACCAAGGCCAAGGGAGCCACACACAUUUCAAGAUGAAGAAGAGGAGGAAGAGGAGCCGCAAGCUCGAUCGAGUGAGCCGCAAGAGGCAACCCCAGUUGCAUGGAGUGCUCCUGAUGGCCGUCUACCAUCUCCAGACCACGACCUAGCCUCCCAGUUCUUUGGGGGGCACUGA